GGAAAGGGGCAGCUGGGCUCUCCCAACAACUCAGGAGAUCUCCCCUGACAAUUUCAACAGUUUCAUAGUCCCUGAAAUCUAACGCUAGCUGCCAAAACCACACUAAGAUAAACUCUGAAAAUACUACUGGUUAGUGAGAGAGAGGAGGGGAGCAUUUGGUAACCCUUGAACCGAUCGGCUGUGAUCCCGUGCAGCAGCAGCAGCGUUAAAAGAAGCCAUACGUGCCUCUCUAACAUAUUUUUAUGGAGGCUGUUUUGAGCUGUAAACCAGAGGAUUUGGAGGAUUACUACGGGUUACUGGGGUGUGAUGAACUGUCAUCGACUGAACAGAUUCUUAAUGAAUACAAGAUUCGAGCCUUGGCAUGCCACCCAGACAAACAUCUGGACAACCCAGGAGCAGUGGCAGAUUUCCAGAAGCUGCAGGAAGCCAAAGAAGUUUUAUGUGAUGAAAACAAAAGGAAAAACUACGAUCUUUGGAAAAGAAGCGGUGUUACUAUUCCGUUUCAUGACUGGCAAGCCUUGAGCGACUCAGUGAAAACCUCAAUGCACUGGGCUGUGAGAAAUAAGAAGGAACCAAUGCUGGAGGCCUCCAAACCAGAAGACUCAGUCGCUUCUCAAGCAGAGAGCUUUCACUGCGAGCAGGAGGAAACGGGGAAGCCUUCAUGUGAAAGCAUGCCAUACUCAGGUGAUCACUGCCAUCGGCGUUUCCGUUGGGCUGCUGACUCUCCAUCUAGUCUGCUGCAGAAGUUCAGAAAUUAUGAAAUUUAAAUACAUAAAAGCUUCCAUUUUAUUUAAGUGUUUUUGUGUUGCUGGGCUCAUGUAUUCACUUGGGACCAUUUUAUUGUGAUGCCAGCUUUUUUAGAGUGCGUUUAGGUCUCGUACAGCUGUGAUGUCACUGACUGUCUUGGAUAAACUGAACACUAAAUGUCUAACAGAGAGAGUUUUGUAUGAAUUAUGUGAAUAAUUUAUGAUUCUGUUACUCUUGUCUACUAAUUGGUGGGACUGUUUCGAAGCAAAUAAUCCAGUAUAUGUUAUGCUAGGUAAAUUUCUUUAUUAUUAUUAUUGUUUUUCUUCCUCAAAGCAUUUCUUCCACACCAUUUGUCAAAGAGACACCAUUCUCACGCGAAAAUGGCCAGCUCGGCCGUGAAACAGCUGCUUCUUAUUUUUUCGGUUGUACAUUUUCCCAUGUUUGCAAUAUUUUCCCCCCCCCCAAAAAAAAAACAAAAAAAAAA